CCCUAUUUUUUAAAAAAAUUCAAUUUCCCUUCGCUUUCAUCUUUUCGUUUCAUUCCGUCUUAAAUAGAGAAAUCUCAGUACAAAUCAGGAGGUAAUCGCCGGCGCUCUUAUUGGCUGUUCCUAUUCAAGCAUUCCAGUUCGAUCCAAACCCCAACUCUCUCUCGUAUUCGUAUUUUCAUUUCGAUCCGAAACCAUCGGACUGUGUUCCUUUCUCUCUUUCCCCAUGGCUUUGUGAGCCAACAUUUUUCCCGCUAGGGUCCUUGGGGGGUCUAGAUUUUUCUUCCGAGAUUCGGGAGCUUUCCAAACAGGUUAAUCUGUCUGCUAAUCUUCUUCCAAUUCGUCGCGUUCAGUUUAGGGAUUCUGUACGUGCUCAUUGGCCAUGCGCUUCAACGAAUUAAUGAGUUAUUGAAACCUAAGCGCAUAUUUUUCUCUUGGGGUUUCUGAUUUCAAUAUGUCAGCAGCUUCAAGGGGUAGAGUUACCAUUACACUCGGCCGUAGCGGACAGGUAGUAAAAAAGUCCGGCCCAGGGACUGAUGUUUCCGUCUCUGAUUCUUGGCCCGUAUCUGGAACUAAGCGGUCUGUAAGAGAUAGGUUGGGAAGUAGCCCUGAUAGUGAUCUGUCUUAUGGAAGCCAACUCAAUAGCAAACGAUUACGAGGAGAUGAUGGGAUGUCAGAUUGGAGUUCUAAUGGGUUGGACGUGUCGCACAUUGGUAAAGAUGACCUUCGAUAUAAACUCUUGCAAAAAGAUGCAUUCAGACGUGCUCAAAGUGAUAGUAAAAAGUGUUUAGACCUUCGGGAGAAGCUACCUAAGGCAGAUCAGGCUCCUAUCCGCCAUCUUGAUUCACGGCAUCACGACCCUCCAUUGCACAAUACACAUAUCUUACGCCGAACCCCUUCAACUAGAAGUGCAGAUGAUUUACCUCAGAAGGACUCGUUAGGUAGUUCUUAUUCCCCAUGGACCAUGGAUAAUUUGAGACAAAGAUCACCUGCUAGAAUUGUAGAAUCUUCGAGGCACUACUCUCUACAAAGGGAUGAUGAGAAACUACAGAGAAGGCCAACUAACCUUUCAUUUGAGAAUGCAAGGUCGGUGGGCUAUGCAGCCAAAGAUGUUCACAAUGCUUCAAGUUCUGUUAGUACUGCAACUUUUAUGACAAACUCUCUAAUGCCCCCUACGACUUCAAAGCCCGUGGCACCAGUUGUUCCAUUACAUACUCCACCAAGCGGCAUUGCACACAAAACUCUCUAUCCAGGUGAUGAACUUCAAAGUAUAGAUGGCUUGUUGCAGUCUCUAGGAUUGGGAAAAUAUUCCAUUCUUUUUAAGGCCGAGGAAGUUGAUAUGACUGCGUUGAAGCAAAUGGGGGAGAAUGAUCUCAGAGAGCUUGGAAUACCUAUGGGUCCUAGAAAGAAAAUACUUCUUGCAAUAGCUCCACAUUCCAAGCGACAACCUUGACAAUAAAGCAUCUCUUUCAUUGGUUGCUUUUGUUCUGACCCUGAUAUCUCAAGACCCCAAGACUCGAUACUGUAUGUUUUUUAGAUGUUAGUGGUAAGAAAAUGGUUAUUGGAUCUGUUCUAUCUUUUUUUGUAAUUUUUUUAACAGACCAACAACAUUCUUAUAUUGCUGGGGGUAUAACUUUUGUUUCACUCCCCUUCAGAUGCAUUUUUGCAAAGUCUCAGAACACUUAUAUAUGGAUAAAGCCUGAUAUAACAAUAGUGUCUCAAAUGAUAGCAAGAGUUUAAGUUGAGAUAGAUUUGUAUAUUUCCAAAUGCUUAAAUUU